GUCAAAGCGUCUUCCCAUUACAAUUCUAGAGUCUCUCUGACAAAUCGCCUUUUAAUUCUUGUGAAUCGAUAGAUAAAAACUAGGCUCGAUCUUCUCUCGGUUGUGUGAGAAACUGAAUAAAUUCAAAUAAUGGACACAUUUGCAUCGUUCUUCACCUCGCAAUCGGCGUCUGGGAACCGUUGGAGUUACGAUUCGCUAAAGAAUUUCCGCCAGAUUUCACCAGUCGUUCAAACUCAUCUCAAACAGGUCUAUCUCUCACUAUGCUGUGCUCUAAUAGCAGCUGCUGUCGGAGCUUACAUUCAUAUCCUUUGGAAUAUCGGGGGCCUACUGACUACCUUAGCAUCCGUGGGUAGCAUCUUUUGGCUACUCUCUGUGCCUCCUUAUGAAGAGAAAAAAAGGGUUUCUUUACUUAUGGCCGCUGCACUUUUUCAAGGGGCGUCUAUUGGUCCUCUGAUUGAAUUGGCUAUUAAAUUUGACCCAAGCAUUGUUCUUGGUGCUCUAGUUGGUUGUGCUGUGGCAUUUGGUUGCUUCUCAGCGGCUGCCAUGGUAGCGAGGCGUAGAGAAUACUUGUACCUAGGGGGCCUACUUUCUUCUGGUCUCUCAAUCCUUUUCUGGUUGCACUUUGCGUCCUCAAUUUUUGGUGGUUCUAUGGCCCUUUUCAAAUUUGAGUUGUAUUUUGGUCUUUUGGUGUUUGUGGGCUACAUCGUUGUUGACACCCAGGAUAUAAUUGAGAAGGCUCAUUUCGGGGAUCUUGACUAUGUGAAACACGCUCUGACCCUCUUUUCUGAUUUUGCCGCCGUCUUUGUUAGGAUCCUAAUUAUCAUGUUGAAGAAUGCGCGUGAGAAGGAAGAGAAGAAAAAGAAGAGGAGGAACUAAGUUUACUGGGCAACAAUGAUGUAAACAGUAUGCUAGAUGACUUCCUUGUCUAUAAACUUACUCUCCUUGACCCAAACAUUAUAGCAGUUGGAACUUAUUAUUCGGUUUAUGCAGUGUGAGAACUUGUUUUGUGCCUAGGUUACUGCAGAAACUAUUGGGAUGCCUUUUUUGGAAGUUAAAAAUGCUAAUGAUUUAGAUAUGCAUGUGAUAAGUUCUUUAUUUUCCCCUUCCUUUUGGGUUGUAUAAUGAACAAAGAGGAAAACAGUCUGAUCUUUUAGAAUUGUGUU